AUGGGGUCAGACCAGGUUGCUCAGGGCUUUUUCCAGUCACAUAAACUCCCCAAGACUGGAGACUGCACAGCCUCUCUGGGCAACCUGCUCCACUGCCGCACUGUCCUUAAAGCACAUUUCCAGGCAAAGGACUCAGCCCUGGAAAUAUUGCAGCACUUGGGAGUUGACCUUUACCCGAACAGGCACAGGAAUGCACAGCUGCAUGAUGAUGUUUUUGUAGUGUAUGUGGUCAUUGUCUUACAGUAUGCACAGACCUCAGGUGAUGUCACCCCUGUUCUCAUGAAUCCUUUCUUGCAGUCACACUCCAUUCCUCUGGCAGAAGAAAUAUGCCGUACUAUAUCAGACAUGAAUGCAGAUCAUGUGAUGGUCACUCAGGAAACUUUAAUAGAACAGCUAAUGAAAAAUCAUCCAGGCAUUGCAGUUCCCUCCCACAAUAUCUUAUAUAAUAUCCUGGGCACUCUAAUUAAAGAAAGGAAAGUCUAUCAUACGGGAGAAGGAUACUUCGUCGUGACUCCAAACACAUACUUUAUCACAAAUAAUGCCACAGAAGACAAUAGAUGGGUCCUGCUGCAGGACAGUUGUGGCUGUUCAUCGCAUUCCAUCACUUACCUGGUAAACAUUGAGGGCUGUGCAGACCUAGUGAAAGAAAACAUUUCUACGGUAUCCUGUUACAGAUCCUGCCAUUGUUUCCCUUACCAGAAUAUGCUCUGUGAACAAAGACAUCGGCAGCUACUGAACCAUGAACCUAAUGGAGGAGGUAAGAAAGACUGCAGUGAAUUGAAACCUUCAAUUCAAACUCAAGGGAUCUCCACAUCCACUGAAAACCAUUCCUGGGAUACCAUCAAAUCCCUGACAUUUGUGAAAGAGAAACUGAAAAGCAAAAAGUUUGGCCUUGGCUUUUUCUGGAGAAGUGCUUCUAAAAAAGAAAAACAUAAGAAGCAGUACUCCGCUUUUUCAGUGCAGUUUCCUCCCAAGGAAUGGCCAGUCAGGGAUGAAGAUGACUUAAAUAAUAUUCCACGUGAUAUUGAACAUGAAAUCAUCAAGCGUAUUAACCCUACUCUUACAGUUGAUAAUUUGAUUAAACACACAAUACUAAUGCAGAAGUUUGAGAAGAGAAAAAAAUAUAUCAGUAAGGGUACCUCGGCCGAAGUAUCAAUAGUCAGGCAAAACAGUCUUUCACAGGAUUGUACUCAAAAGACACAAAGUAAAACAGCAAAACACAGCGGGAAAAACAAAUCAAAGAAACAGAAGCAGAUUAGAAGAAGCAACAGGAAAUCUCACAUACAUGAGCUAACACCCCAAAAUGAGAAACUUGAAGAGAACCUUUCACUGCCUAUCAGAAACCAACAGCCAUGUGAUGUAGCACUGGAAUCUCAUGUCAUAUAUAAAAAAAUUAAGAAUCCUUUUCAGGGUCUGUCAUGGAGAUGCAACUUUUAUGCGAAAGGAUACAAAGGUACUAUUAACAGUCAGCUGAAGUUCGGGACUCAAAAGCAAGAAAGGGCUUUACAAAGGCCACGGUCCUCAGAUUCCUCAAAAACCUUUGACUAUGAAACUGAACAGAGGGCUACUGAAACACUGGCUGACAAAGCUAAGCAAAACAAACUACUCCACACUAGUAGGUCUUCCCUCCAACUAAAGAAAGACAGUUUAACUGAAAACUAUAGUUACCUGCAAGGCAGUACUUUGCAAAUAGAUAGUAAAUACUUUCUGGAGAGUAAUAUUUCUGAUGAAAACAUCCCCAGAAGAACAGUCAAAAAAACCCCUGAGAAUAUUAAAAAAUCCCCUCACUCCUACACUGAAGAUAAUGGCAUGUGCAAAGAAGAUGGAAAAUUUUUGUUACAUGUGCAAGAUGAGUAUUGCAGGUGCAAAGCUGACACUGUAUGUGAGUUACUAGAUCAAACAGCAAAUGAAUUUCAAAAUGUCUGUCUUUCAAAUUAUACAGCCACUGUUAACCCGGUAAAAAAAAAAAUUAUGUCAAAUACAGACCAAAAAAAGGAUAAAAAGAAUGAACUUCUAUUUAAAUACGACUGUGCCAGCCAACUCAAAUCAAUUAAGCUGGGAAGUGAAGGGUUUACUGGUAACAGCCAUCUUCUGUAUCAAAAAACACGUGAUGGUGACACUUGUAACUUGUUACAUCUGGAUGACGGUUUUGAAGGCAAUGAACCAUGUCACCUGCCUCCUGGCCAUGCUUUUUCAGAAACAAGAGACUGGAGUAAAGCUGUGCAAAAGCUGGGGACAGUUGUGUCCCUGAAAAACU